AUGGGUAAAGACGAGAAGAUCGGCGCCGUCCCGCGCGCCGCCAACGACAAUGUCGACCUCAGCUCCCUGGACGAAGAUGCCCUCAAGCUGGCCGAGAUGGGCUACACCCAGGACAUGCAGCGCAACUUCUCCGUGCUGUCGCUGCUGGGUGUGGGCUUCUCGCUGACCAACUCCUGGUUCGGUAUCUCGGCAUCGCUGAUCACCGGUAUCAACUCGGGCGGCACUGUCCUGACCAUCUACGGCAUCCCCUUCAUGGCCAUCAUCUCGACCUGUGUCGGCGUCACCCUGUCUGAACUGGCCAGCGCCAUGCCCAAUGCUGGAGGCCAGUAUUUCUGGGCCAACGAGCUCGCCCCGCGCCGUUAUGCCAACUUUGCCUCGUACCUGACCGGCUGGUUUGCCUGGGCCGGUGCCAUCUUCACCUCCGCCAGUGUUGCCCUGGGCCUUGGAUCCGCUUGCGUCGGCAUGUAUCAGCUCGCCCAUCCUGAAUUUACUCCCCAGCCCUGGCAUACCGUCGUUGCCUACCAGGCCGUCAGUGUGUUUUCCUACAUCUUCAACUGCGUCGGCAAGGUGCUGCCCCGUGUAGCCACUGUGUCGUUGUAUACCUCCCUGAUCUCCUUUGUCGUCAUCCUGAUCACCGUGCCCGCCGCCGCGCCCACCCACUCCGACGCCAAGUUCGUCUGGGCGACCUUUGUCAACUCGACCGGCUGGGCGUCGGACGGGCUCGCCUUCAUUGUCGGCCUGAUCAACCCGAACUGGGUGUUCGCCUGUCUCGACUCGGCCACCCACAUGGCCGAGGAGGUUGGUAAGCCCGAGAAGGCCAUCCCGAUCGCCAUUUUGGGAACCGUCGGCAUCGGCUUCGUCACCUCGUGGUUCUACUGUAUCUCCAUGUUCUUCAGCAUCUCCGACCUGCAGCCGCUGCUGACGACGCCGACGGGCGUGCCCAUCCUGGAGCUGUACCACCAGGCGCUGCACAACGUGGCGGGCGCCAUCGUGCUCGAGUCGCUCGUGCUGGCGACUGGUAUCGGGUGCCUGAUCGCGUCGCACACCUGGCAGUCGCGGCUGUGCUGGUCGUUCGCGCGCGACCGCGGUGUUCCAGGCCAUCAGUGGCUGUCCAAGAUCCACCCCAAGCUGGACGUGCCCCUGGUCGCGCACACGGUCAGCUGCUUCAUCGUGGCACUGCUGGGGCUGCUGUAUCUGGGCUCGACGACGGCGUUCAACAGCAUGGUGACGGCGUGCAUCGUGCUGCUGUACAUCUCGUACUCGAUCCCCAUCGUGUGUCUGCUGAUCAAGGGCCGCAACAACAUCACCCACGGGCCGUUCUGGCUGGGGCCCAUCGGGCUGGUCUGCAACUACGUCGUGUUGGCCUGGACGCUGUUCACGCUGGUCAUGUACUCGUUUCCGUCGGUCUACCCGGCGACUGCUGGCACGAUGAACUACAUCUCCGCCGUGUACGGCGUCGUCAUGGUCAUCAUCCUAGCCGACUGGUUCCUGCGGGGCCGCCGCUCCUACCGAGGACAGGCGGAUCGGCACGAAGAAAUCGUCGCCACGAUCGGGACGGAUGUCGUGUCGUAG